CCCAGUCCAAAAAGCGAAGCUGUGUCAGAAGGCGGAACACGAGUUCCCCGGAAUGCCUUGCGGCAUCAUGGACCAAUACGUUGUGACACUGGCCAGAAAGGACCAUGCUCUGUUAAUAGACUGCAGGUCGUUAGAAGCCAAGCACAUUCCAAUAAAUACGGGAGACACUGCGAUCCUGGUGGUGAACUCCAACGUGAAGCACCAGCUGACUGGCAGCGAGUAUCCGCAGCGGAGAGCGCAGUGCCAGGAGGCGGCUGACAAGCUUGGCUUGCCCUCUCUAAGGGGCGCUACCAGGAAAGACUUAGAAGAACUCAAACGGCAGAACUGUGAUAAGCUGGUGCUGAUGAGGGCUGAGCACAUCAUCGAUGAGAUACACCGCACGGAGCAGGUGGCCAAGAGCCUCGCGCAGAUGGACUUAGAUAGGGUCGGCGAAAUGUUCUACCAGUCACACGAGUCGCUAAGCACUCUGAUGCAGGUGUCUUGCCCAGAACAGGACCAGCUCGUGGACAUUAUGAGAGGAGCACCAGGGGUCUACGGGGCUAGAAUGACCGGGGGCGGGUUUGGAGGCUGCGUGGUUGCUUUGGUAAAGAAGGGCGACGUGGAGGGCCUGAAAAGCAAGAUAUUGAAGAACUACAAAGGGACGCCGACUUUCUUCGUGUGCGAGCCGAGCAAGGGCGCGCGCGCUCUCGCAAUAAAAUGAUGGCAAAUACUCUAUGUUAUUAUUUAUUUAGGACCCUAGAAUCAACAUAAACAUCUGGACCACGCAGUUAGAUUUCCGUAUUUUUGUAAC